AUGUCCGAUGCCACAUCCAAUACGACCAAUGUCCCGCCAUCCAAUGUCGCCGUCAAAGUCAGUGCCAUUGACACAACACUGACUUUACACGGCAUGAAAUGCAGCCACCUAUGGCAGCCAACAAUCAAAGGUUUUGAUUACUUCAGCGCCGGCACCUGGUCGCUUCUCAUCGAACACCCAUCCGGCCGCAAACUUCUUUACGACCUCGGUUGCCGCAAAGACUGGGAGAACUUGCCACCUACUUUGAACUUGAAGCAUUAUCUCGACAAUGGGAUCUUGAAGAAAUUGAAGAUCGAGAAGAAUGUAUCAGAGAUCUUGGUCGACGGUGGGGUGAGUUUGGACGAGAUUGAAGGUGUGAUCUGGUCGCAUUGGCAUUUCGACCAUACCGGUGACGUCUCAACUUUCCCAUCGACUACCAAGCUGAUCGUGGGAGCCGGGACAAAGGCAAACUUCACGCCUGCUUAUCCGACCGAUCCGAAUGCUCAAACGCUUGAUUCGGACUUUGAAGGUCGGAAAGUGCUCGAGGUAGACGUUGAAAGCACCACUUUGCAGAUCGGAGGCUUGAAAGCAUUCGACUACUUCGGCGAUGGCAGCUUCUACAUUCUCGACUCGCCCGGCCAUGCCGUCGGCCAUUUGAGCGCCUUAGCACGCACAAACGUUUCGCCAAGGUCCGACUUCAUACACAUGUGCGGCGACGCGGCUCAUCACGGUGGCGAGAUUCGUCCAAGCAAAGGCGUGCAGCUACCAGAUAGCAUUUCUCCAUCGCCUGUGCCGGACAUAUAUGCUUUGACCUGCCCUGGCCACUUCUUUGAGCCUAUACUCAGGAAUGGAAGUCGUGAGAAGCAUAUCUUGGAGUGGCAAGACUUUACUGCUGGGAUGGGUGUGGAGAGGAGAUAUGCUGGGACUUAUGAUGAGCCUGUCUUGCGUGAGACUGUGAGCAAGACCGAGGAUCUCGAUGCCGACGAGAAUGUUUUGACUGUGAUGGCGCAUGACUGGACCUUGAAAGGAGUGGUAGACGAGUGGCCGAAGACUUUAAACUCCUGGAAGGCACAAGGCUUGAAGGACUUGAGCAGAUGGAAGUUCUUGGCCGAUUUUCAGCACGCUUGUGGGCCUAUUCCAGAAGCAAAGUAG